UCCUUCCCUUUUAAGUGACACCUAAGUCCGAAUAUUUUUUCACUCAAGCCUUACCCACCGGCACCACUGACUCCCGCUCCUCCGGCUUCUUCUUCUUCAUCUCUCUAUCUUUAUUUCUAUCUCUUUCUUUUUUAUUUUUUUUUUAUUUUUAUUUCUUUUAAUCGAAACUUGAAGGUGAAGAAAUAAAUCUUCGUAAUCUGGGAUCUCCAUUGUUGAAUCUCUGAAGAGAACUCAGUUUUCGUCUCUUUCACUACUACAGUUUCACUAUCUCUUAUCACUCCAGCUUUUCCCUAGCUAUUUAAUUUCUUUUUUCUUCUCUGGUGAGCUGAUUUCUUCUGCAUUUCGUAAUUUUCGCUUACUGUUGGUGUAUAUGAUAAGAUUUUGAUUAAAAACAAAUAGUGAAGAAAAAUAUUAUUGAUUGUUCAAUGCUUUUUUUUUUUGGUGUUUUCUGAACGCAUGAUUUUGGAUUUCGUGAUGUUUUGCUUAAUCAGAUUGGAGAAUGGAGUUAUCUUUUUUAAAUCUUUUUGUCGGUGAUGGUUCUGUUUCUGUAUUCUUUCCAUAUUUGUUUUUGUUUUUUCUUUUAUCUGUUAGAAUUUAAUGGUGUCUGUGUCAAAUUUGAUUUCCAAUAAUGUCUGAUUUUGAGCUUUGUGAUAUGAGUAUCUCAUUGUCGCUUACCUUUUUUUUUUUUGAGAAUUGGGGAGGUAGAUACACUAUAUUUCGAUACUGGUGUUCACUCUUCGUUCUGUUGACUUAGAUUUUUAAAAUUUGAUCUAUUAAGUUUGAACGGUAUUGAAACAAAAAAUUGAAUAGAUAUUUUUCCUUUUGUUUAUGUUCAAAAUUUCCAUCCAUAAAAAUAAUAGGAUCUUGAGCAAUAUAGAGGUGGAUGUUUAGAUCUUGGAGUUGGAUGUUUUCUGCAAAUCAUAGGCUCAGCAGUAUUGGUGUUCUUUUAACUCAUUGUGUAUAAAAACGUAAACCGUCUUCAGUAAAGUAUAAUUUUUCGUGGGUGGUAUUCGAACAUUACUAUUUCUAGUAAUGGUGUUUUUGCGUUUGCUGUUUUGUAUCUUUCCUCAAAAAAAAGAAAAAAAAAAUCAAAAUAAAAUGAACGUUGCUGUAGUCCUUACAGUUAACCAUAAUUUUUCUAACUAGGAGAUUUGUCUAUAGAAUUCUUUGGUGGAAUAAAUCCGGGUACUCUGUUCGGUGAAGAAAUCACACUGUAGCUAAAGGAAAUUUAAAUAAAUCACAGUCUAAAUGGACCGGAGGAGUUGGCCCUGGAAGAAGAAAUCAUCAGACAAAGCUGCAGCUGAAAAAGCAGCCGCAGCAGCAGAUGCAGCGGCUGCUUCUUUGGCUACAGUUGGAAGCCAGAAUGAGGAACCAUACAAAAAACCAAAUUAUGUUCAAAUAUCGGUGGAUCAAUAUUCUCAUCUGACGGGCUUGGAAGAUCAAGUGAAGACAUAUGAGGAGCAAGUCAAGACAUUGGAUGAUCAGAUAACUGAAUUGAAUGAGAAGCUCACGGCAGCACAAACAGAGAUGACUAACAAGGACAAUCUGGUGAAACAGCAUGCUAAAGUUGCUGAAGAAGCUGUCUCAGGUUGGGAAAAGGCGGAAUCAGAAGCAGUUGCAUUAAAAACACAUCUGGAAUCUGUGACACUCGCAAAGCUCACAGUUGAAGAUCGAGCAUCACAUUUGGAUGGUGCUCUCAAAGAGUGCAUGCGGCAGAUACGUAACUUGAAGGAAGAACAUGAGCAAAAGUUGCAAGAUGUUAUUCUUGCGAAAAACAAACAAUGCGAGAAGAUUAAGCUUGAGCUGGAAGCUAAGUUAGAAAACUUAGAUCAAGAACUCCGAAGGUCCGGUGCUGAGAAUGCUGCUAUAUCAAGGUCUUUGCAAGAGCGUUCAAAUAUGCUCAUGAAGAUAAGUGAAGAGAAAUCACAAGCUGAGGCAGAUAUUGAGCAUUUGAAGGGUAACAUUGAAUCUUGUGAGAGGGAAAUAAACUCAUUGAAAUAUGAACUUCAUGUUGCUUCUAAAGAGCUAGAAAUUCGCAAUGAGGAAAAGAACAUGAGUAUAAGGUCUGCAGAAGUAGCGAACAAGCAGCACAUGGAGGGUGUCAAAAAGAUAGCUAAGCUUGAAGCAGAGUGCCAGAGAUUACGUGUUCUUGUGCGAAAGAAGCUUCCAGGUGCUGCCGCACUUGCACAAAUGAAGCUAGAGGUUGAGAGUUUAGGCCACGAGUCACGUGAUUAUGGUGACUCACGAGUAAGAAGGUCUCCUGUUAAGCCUGCAAGUCCACACCUAUCCCAUGUGACUGAGUUUUCUCUCGACAAUGUACAGAAAUAUCAGAAGGAAAAUGAAUUUCUCACUGAACGCCUAUUAGGUAUGGAAGAAGAAACAAAAAUGCUGAAAGAGGCUUUGGCAAAACGCAAUAGUGAAUUGCAAGCCUCUAGAAGCAUGUGUGCUAAGACUGCUAGCAAGCUUCAAAGUUUGGAAGCACAAAUUCAAAACAGCAAUCAACACAAAACUUCUCCGAAGUCUAUUGUUCCAAUAACCACAGAAGGUUCUUUCAGUCAGAACGCUAGCAACCCACCCAGCUUGACCUCCAUGUCUGAAGAUGGAAAUGACGAUGACAGAAGCUGUGCGGAGUCUUGGGCUACUGCAUUGAUUUCUGAGCUCUCUCAUUUCAAGAAAGAUAAGGACACCGAAAAGUCAGACCAGGCUGAUAAACAGAACCACUUAAAUCUUAUGGAUGACUUUUUGGAAAUGGAGAAAUUGGCUUGUUUGUCAAAUGAUUCUAAUGGCACCAUAUCUGGUUCAGAUUCAACAAACAGUAAGAUAUCUGAAGGAGUGAACCAUGAUGCUUCUGAAGUCAUCACUGGCAAAGACAUCCAUUCAGAACAGCAAUGUAAUUCAAAUUCUUUGGAAAAUCAACAGCCUCUCUCUAAUGUGGAAUCAUCUGAUGAAAAGCAGCUGCCACUGAUGAAUCUCCGAUCCAGAAUAUCUGUACUUUUGGAGUCUGUGUCAAAGGAAACUGAUGUAGGGACCAUUUUGGAGGAUAUCAAAUGUGCCAUCCAGGAGACACAUGAUACUCUCCACCAGCACGCAGUAAGUUGUGUUUCUGAAGAUGUUCAUUGUUCUGAUGCCAGAUCUGAUAGGCAGGUCAAUCCAGAAGAUGCUGGCUUAACUGCUGAAAAGGAAAUUUCUCUUUCUCAGACAGCCAGGGAAAGUGAGCAGAUUAGCAAAGAUUUAGCUGCUGCCAUUUCUCAGAUCCAUGAUUUUGUAACCUUCUUGGGCAAAGAAGCUAUGGUAGUCCACGACACUUUCACCGAAAGCGAUGGAUUCAGCAAGAGAAUUGAAGAUUUCUCUGUGACCUAUAAUAAAGUCAUGCACAGCAACCUAAGUUUACUUGAUUUUGUUCUUGACCUUUCCCGUGUUUUAGCAAAAGCUAGUGAACUCAGGUUUAAUGUUCUGGGUUUCAAAGGAAAUGAAUCAGAAACUAACAGUCCUGAUUGCAUUGACAAGGUUGCACUACCAGAAAAUAAGGUUGUUCUGAAGGAUUCAAAUGAAGUAUACCAAAAUGGCUGUGCCCACAUAUCUAAUUCUGUUUCACACCCUGAGAUUCCUGAUGAUGGAAAUAUCGUGUCAAGCUAUCAGUCAAAUACUAAUUCCUGCAAGAUCUCAGUGGAGGAGUUUGAACAAUUGAAGUCCGAGAAAAGUAACCUUGCCUUAGAUCUAACAAGAUGUACAGAAAAUCUGGAGAUGACUAAGUCUCAGUUGCAGGAAACCGAGCAGCUUCUUUCAGAUGCUAAAUCACAAUUGGCUUCUGUGCAGAACUCAAAUAGCUUGUCUGAGACACAGUUGAAGUGCAUGGCGGAAUCAUACCGGUCACUUGAAACCAAGGCCCAAGAAUUGGAAACUGAGCUGAACCUGCUCCGGGUCAAGACGGAGAGUAUGGAAACUGAGCUUCAAGAUGAAAAGAAGAAUCAUCAGGAUGCUUUGGCAAGAUGUAAAGAGCUUCAAGAGCAGUUACAAAGGAAGGAGAGCAGCGGUGAUAAUGAAGUCGACAAAAGCCAGGAAAAAGAGUUGGCAGCUGCAGCAGAAAAGCUAGCUGAGUGUCAAGAAACCAUAUUUCUUCUCGGUAAGCAGUUGAAAAAUAUGCGUCCUCAACCAGAGUUCACGGGAUCUCCAUACAGUGAAAGGAGUCAAAAAGGUGAAGGUGAAGAAGAACCUACUACUAGUGGCCUGAGCUUGCUGGAGUGUGAUCAAGCUGAGUCAGAAACUGCUGCUUCUGCCACUCUUAACAGAGUGGGAGCCGAGUCUCCCAUUGAUGUGUAUAACUCUCCGUGUAGCCCAUCCCACUCAGACACAAACAUCUUGAAGUCACCAGUCAAUUCAAAGAAUGCAGUACACAAAUCCCCCAAGUCAGGUUCCUCGACUUCAUCUUCUUCGGCAACGCCAGAGAAACAUUCUCGCGGAUUCAGCAGAUUCUUUUCCUCCAAGGGAAAGAAUGGUCAUUAGGCAGGCUUAUGUGUGGUUCCUGAUCCACGUUACACGAGGUUUACUUGUGGUUGAAAUUCCAUAAAGAAAUAAUUAUAAGAUUUUAGCCAGAAUCCUUUCUUGGGAAGUUGCUGGCUGUGAAGCUCAAUCUCAGAAGAAGAUAUUUGCGAAGUUGAGAUUAAUUUUGUAACUAAAAUUGGCUGUAUAUGAUAAUCUAAAUCUGUUCAUUUGUUUCUUCCUCUGCUCCUCAUAUUGUAAUUUGGUUAAAAUGAUACAUUACCUAGUUCUAUGAAAUAUUUUUCAAAACUUUUAUUAUGAUAUUAUAUGCGGCAAAACCAUGUGUAAGAAAAUCCUAUGUUUCUGGAUUUCUUUGUUUGAAAUUUUUAUUAGUUAAUACAAUUUUUUUAAUCACAUUGU